GAGUGCGCUGCAGACUGUACACACGGGACAGGAGGUGGGGAAGAAGGAGGAGGAGGAGGGGGAGAGACUCUUUUCCUGUUUCAUUUGAAACACACACACACUGAGUGGCUGCGCUGCUACACCGACUGCCCUGUCCCCGCCGCUGCCUGUGUCCCCUCAGCGGGGGCAGAGACUGUACCCACUAGAGAUGCGCUGACUUCUCGCCCGUGAUCAGAGGACCUCAGGACACGGGCUGCUGGAUACGGGGGGCUCCGUCCGCUGCCCCAGAGUUUGGACAAUAAGGAGCAUCUGUGGCGGGCACACCGGGGAGCGCUGUGUGUCUGUGAGACUGGCUCUACUCCUGGCGCUGCUGGUGCAGAAUACCCGGGCACUCCGUCACUGUGUGCCAGGAAUACAGAUGAAGGGUGCCCGCCUGGAAGUUACACAAAUUGCCCACACCGUGCCAGGCUUCCAGCUCUGGCUCCCCCACAUGCAGGCAGUCGGGUCACAGCCUGAUCUGACCCUAGGAGUAUAGGGUUACUCGGAUACAUCCUGGAUCACCCGCACUACAUUGGGAAGUGACUGGUGCCUGGCAGCCGGGGCAAUGCCUUUCCACCUGAGGAUAGUAGAGCCCGGCCAUGUGUGCCGAGUGGGUGCCGGUGAUGGGGGGGCACCCAGGGAUGCGCCACAUCUGCUCUUCUCCUCACUCCAAGAAGUGAGUGUGCACUCCAUGCUGCGCAUCAUCCAGCAGCUGUCUGACCUCUCCCGGCACGCUGAGGGCAUCUUCUCCAGCAUCCAUGGGCAAGCGGUGACCCUGGGGGAGCGCAGUGCCCGCCUGCAGCGCCGCCUGGCAUCCCUGCACCACACGGUCUCCCACCUGGACCACAGGAAGGUGCCAGUCCCGGUUUCCAAUCUAGAUGAUGAGAGUAAGUGGACGGUCCAUUACACUGCAGCUUGGCACCAGCAAGAGAAUGUGUUCCUCCCAUCAUCCAGACCUCCUUGUGUAGAAGAUCUUCACAGACAAGCCAAGGUGAACCUAAAAACUGUGUUGCGAGAAUGUGACAAGCUCCGAAGGGAUGGCUAUCGCAGCUCACAGUACUAUUCCCAAGGACCAACAUUCUCUUCAUCUCCAGACAUGGUUUGCACAAGUUAUCAAGAAGAUGAUGAUGAACACAGUCGAAAGUUUUCAGUCUCUUCAAAUGAAGAGGAAAGGCUCCUGACGGGGAAAAGACCCAAAACCCCUGUAUCCCAUGAGUUCUCCGAAACACACACCAACUGGACCAAGUCACUCCCACUUCCUACUCCAGAGGAGAAAAUGCGUCAAGAAGCUCAGGCAAUACAGACUGAUGUGAUACCCAUAAAUAUAACUGGGGAGAAUUUCGACCGCCAAGCCAGCUUCCGGCGGUCUCUUAUUCAUACUGACACUGUGGUAAGACGUCCGAAGAAAGUCAAAAGGAGAAAGACUAUUACAGGCGUCCCAGACAACAUACAAAAGGAGCUAGCAGGUACGGGACAAACAGGUUUUAGAGGGCAUUCAUUGCACAUACCAGAUAACUAUAAUACACUGGACAAUCUAGAACCAUGCCGCUCUCCCACGCAGCGGUCCGAUACCAGAGACUUCAGCUGCCAGACUGAUGAGAUAAAGAUAGUGCCCCCCUCUGUCCGAAGAAUCCGGGCACAGAAAGGACAAGGCAUAGCGGCACUGAUGUCUAGUUCAUCUGGUAACAUGUCCUCCCUGAGUGACCCUGCAGGAUGUACUCUGCGUCCAAAUGGCGACUUGAAUUUCCGCAGCUUGCCUAGGCCAGGAGCAAGGGUCUGUUUACAGUCUAUUGAGCAAAAGCCAGAAGGGUCCAGGCCACUGGAAGACUCUUACAUGACUUUGCCACGUCAAUUAAGCAAACUCCAGGUGGAUAAUAGUGUAAUACAUCUGAGGAAUAACCCAAGAGCUGGCACACUCCAAAGGCCAAAGUCCCAAGAAAUCCGGGGUUCAGAAAGAGUUGUUUCAAAUCCAGCAUGUGUGGUCUCUCCUAAUGCAGCUUAUUCAACAAGUGUCAUUCCAAAUGCUACGCUGUCUUCCUCCUCGGAGGUUAUUGCUAUUCAUACCUCGCAGAGUACUGGGCAACUGGACAACAAAGCAACACCUCACUGCACAUUACCCAAUACUAAAAAUGCUUACAGGGAGCGUAAUGUCAGCAUUAAAGAUGGCCGCCAUUCCUCUAGUGGUAACUGGAGCGAAAGCAGUUCUGCCAGACACUCUCAAAGUUCAGAUACAAUCUCUCCUAGCGCUAUAACAAUCAUAUCCCUGAGCGAUCCAGCUAUGUCUCUAAACAAUGCAAAUAGCGUGAACAACAGUUCUCAUACCAUGUCAUACAAAAUGAAUGCUCCCUUCAAUAGCCACUCUCUGGACAGUGACACACUCAGCGAAUCCAGCUACUCUGAUGGCCGACAAAGAAAUGGUAGCAUAACCAGCAGCAUUAAUAGUACAGACCACUGGCCUUCUGAAAACAGGGACAAUUACAAUAGUGUCCCUUUAAGGAAACCAUCAUCUGCAGUCUCUGGCUCUCCUGUGAGUAACAUGAGCACUUGUAGCUCAGAAAGGAAAGCAGACUCCAGCUCACUGUACUCUGUAGACCAUGAUGGCUAUUAUACUUCAAUGCACUUGGAUUCUGGAAUAGUUUCAAGUAAUCAGAGCCAUCACAGUGGCACUCAGAACCCACGGCACAGUGUCAUUAAUAUCUUUGAUAAGACAGAGACUCCAAACAUUGAUGAAAGGUCAAAUUAUAGUGACAAAUCUCUAACACGCAGCAUAUCUUUGAAGAAGCCCAAAAAGCCCCCUUUGCCUCCUUCUAGAACAGACUCUCUUAAACGUCCACCUAAGAAGACUCUCCAAUCCAAUGGGCAAGUACUCAAUGAAAAGCUUAUUGCUACUCUCCAGCAGUCAUUGCAGCUGAACUUGAAGAGUAAAAGUAGCAGCUCGCCAUCACAGAGCCCAUGCAGUGACUAUGAGGACCCAUGGGUACUGCGCUCUCGCAGUCAGAGUACAGUCAGUGCAAGCAGUAGCGGAAUGUCUACCACAGCUCCCAACAUGUACUCUAUUUGUCCAGUUACCCCUUCGCAGAGUGAGACUAGCAGCAUAAAGUCUGAGUAUGCUGAGCAGUGGAGCUACGUUAUGGACGAACAGACAAAAUCUACUGUGCACUUUCCUAACAAAUCGGUUAUUGAUUAUAAUACAAGGACUUCCAUCCAACAAAAAUAUAAUGGAGGACUUUCCAAAAAAGACAGUUCAUCACCGGAAAAGCCUUGUAGAGUCACAUCACCAUCUAGUGGGUAUUCAAGCCAAUCAAAUACGCCAACCAAUCUGACACCUGUGCCACUUCUGUUAAGGAACAUGUCUCCAGGAAGUGGAAAAACCAAAAUGAAACCCAAAGUGCCUGAAAGAAGAUCCUCAUUGAUCUCAACAGUUUCUAAUUCUUCAUCAUCUACAUCUCUUUCUUCAAACACAUCGGAUUCCGUACAGCAGACAACUAAAAAGCCCACAGCAGUCUUACCAUGCACUACAACACCUCCCCUCACACCAGACUCACCAUCUGCAGUGGAUGUAGUUGACUUUGGUACUUUGCCACCAACUCCAAAUUUUCCACCUCCUCCUCCAGAGGAUGCAGUAUUCCUGUCAUCUGAGGGCAAUCUAUGGCUUUCAGGUCCUGGGAAUGUGGAUAAAUGUGCACCUGUAAGCUGUCCACCACCCCUACCUCCUCCUCUACCUUUUAUGCACUCCGUGGCUUCUCCUACCCCUCCCCCUCUAAUCACAAAAGCACAGCAAAUGAAAACUAAACCAUUAUCACAUGGAAAGGAUGUUAUUGGGAAUAUUAAUUCACUAAAUAAACCUCACAACAAACAGGACUUGAUCAGGCCAAGCGCCCCUCUUGUUACUGCUCAUGCAUUGCAAAUGGUACAGUUAAGGUCUGUUAAAAAAUCAUCACAACCGGGGACUGAAACAAUAACUGAGCAGGUGGCAGAGGCCAAACUUCACGAUGAGACGUCACCAUCAUUUUCUCAGCCAUCUUCAGAGCCAUCUGCCACUCUAGACACUAGAUACGUCAGAGAAAAUAAAAAUUUUAACUUGCCAAACGAGCUUCUACAAUACUCCGAUUCCCAGAGAAAUUCAGCUACAUUUCCCACUGAUAAGACGGCAAAUGCAGAAUGCAGAGAGGUGGAAUAUCAGAAUUCAAUGCACAAUGGAAACAAAACUAUUUUGUCCGAAAUGCCAGCAACAGAAGAGAAACCAAGUACUUCUCAAGGUACACCAAGUGCAUCUCCCAACAAGAAGCCUCCUCCUAUUUCAAAGAAGCCCAAAUUGUUCCUUAUCGUUCCACCUCCGCAGCUUGAUUUGGCAGCAGAAAAAAUAGCUCAACUCAAUGAAAAUGUGAGGAGUGUGCCAGAAGACUCCGAGAGGGAUUAUGUACGCGAUAACUGUGAAGAGGUAAAUGGUCGUAUAGCAGUGGCAAACAAUUCAGAGGAGACUGUUGCUUUGGCCUUCCAAGCAAAUAAAGCUAGUCUGUCCUCUAAUGAAGUUGUGGAGAGCAACACAUUUUUCACACUGCCCCCAGUUCUGGCAUCUCCAAAUCACCAGGAAGAGGAGGAUAAGUCCAUGAUGUCUGAUGAGGUCGAUACUGCAGAUAGCAAUACAGGGAGAAGUAGCUAUGACCCAACUGCGUCACAGGAGGACGACAAUGCUGAUGUUUUUGAGACACAAGCUGCAAGUUCAUCGUUUCUUCAGACUAACAACUACUUAGAUGGCAAAGAGGAAAUAUUAACUCCAACAAGACCUAGGACCACCGAGGAUCUAUUUGCAGUCAUUCAUAGAUCCAAAAGAAAGAUUCUUGGCCGCAAGGAUUCUGAUGAUGAUCACUGUAGAAAUCUCUCUCCUUCACCACCAGUCACUCCAACUGGUGCAAUGCCAAAUGUAAGCUCCUUUAAGCAAACUGGUGCAAUCCAAAGAAGUGUACGAAAGUCCAGCACCAGCAGUGACAACUUCAAAGCUCUCUUACUGAAAAAGGGAAGCCGGUCUGAGAGUGGAUCACGCAUGUCUGCUGCAGAAAUGCUGAAACACACUGACCCAAGAUCUCAGAGAUCAAAAUCUGAUUCAUCCUUGGAACUACCAGACAGCCCAACAUGGACCUCCCCAAACAAGAACAGAAGAGCACAGGAGGAAUGGGCAAAGAGUGAGGGGCUGAUGCCAAGGAGCAUGUCUGUUUCGGGAACAAGAUACAGCCGCUCUAGGACCCCACCCUCUGCAGCUAGCAGCAAAUACAAUGUCCGGAGCCGCCUGCAGAGCAGUCCCAUGACCGUUAUCUGUGAAUGGGAAGGAGAGGCUGCUGACCAUUUAGAAAACAGCUUUUCCAAGGCACCACUUCUGAGCACAAUGAGUGUAGACAGGUUCCAAAGAACUAACUCUGAACUGAAUGACUCUUUAGGUGCAGAAGGAUCCAAUCCCAGAGUCCACAUAGACUUGAUGAGUAGAUUUAUGGAAGGCACUCCAAGAAAAGACAAUGGCUCUUCAGGAGAAAAUAGCUAAGAGACACUGAGACAAGGUGUUCAAUGAAAUGUAUUAAACCAAUCCCAGUGAAGCAGUGUGACUGCUAUGAUCAUAUAAGCAAUGUUGCACAUUGCCACGCACUUGAUACAUGUACAGUAAAUGCUUAGCAUUGUGAUCUGUGUGAGAUAGCAUUUAGCGGGAUUGACCUAGUAUGCAGCACCUGCAAACCAGAGUGUGCUGGAACCAAAGUUGGGAAAGGUAGCAGAUGUGCAUCCAGGCAUGCAGCAGGUACAGCUAAGUGAUAUCUACUAAUAGAUGAUGGGCCAUAGAUGCGCUGUUGGCAUUUCCUGCUCUGGACUCCAAUGACAGCUCUUACAAUAGGUGGGCUUAUCACACUAACCCAAUCAAGUUGCUGGUUUGUGAUUCCACUGGUACUGUAUUGCUUUUGUAUUAAUAUCGCAGUUGAGUCACCUCUCUUGUGUAUGUCCAGCUGCUGUGCAGCGGUACAAGCCCAGGUUUUUCCUAUCUAGAAUUUCAUACAACACUUUAACACACUGAAGUUUUCAUGACUUGCUCAUAGAAGUCUAUUAAGUAUAAUGCCUCUUUAGAAAUAGAUGCAAAUCGCAUAGAAGGCUGUAAGUUUAAAAUGCAAAUAUACAUGCUAAAGCAUUGCAGUGACAAACAUAACUGGAGGUAUAUAUUAGUUGCAGCAAAGGAUUUCAAUCAUUUCUGGCUAGUGCCCAUUGCAGUGCAUUGUGUAACAAACACUACCAUUUAUUAUUACUACUUUCUCAGACUGAGAACUUGCACUACAGAGCUGUUUGCGUAACCUUUAUAUAUUAAUGUUUGACCUUCUUCCUACAAAGAAAAAGACUAAAAGUAAUGACCACUGGUUUUUCUUCUCUAAAAAUGCAAAAUUUUGGUUACCAAAGAAUAGUUUUUAUUUCCUAAAAGCAGAAUGCCUGUACAAUUUCUUAACAGUUCUUAUUUGUUAAAAAAAAAAAAAGGCAUUUUACAAUUUGGACAGAAUGAGUUUGUUUUUUACUGUUUUAUAGCAUCUUUUUGAUGUAUUGUGUAGUUUUUAUAUUAUUUGUAUAUAUUAGAAUUUCUUAAUCUUCAAUUUUUAACCUGCAUUUAAAAUUUGUACAUUUUUGAGCAUUUUAGAAAGAAAGGUUCAGUAGUUAACCCAUCUGAUGCUGGAGGAGGUUACAUCAGUAUGUGAUUGUAAUAUACUAUGUUGCAGCCUCCUACAGCAAUAAAAUGAGUUAAUUUAUUUUAGUACUUCUGUGAAAUGUGUCUGUGACUCUCAUUAUUUGUAAUACUGUAAGCAUUCAGGGGCCUUCAGUUUAUUAGGACAAUGACAAUGCUGUGACUAUGCUUCAAAUAAAGCAUGGCUGAAAUUACAUUGA